AUGUCGGACGAAGAAGCGAAGUCGCUCAUGGAGCUGCCGGCGAUGCGGGAGUUCGAUGCGUUCCCGAAGACGCUGCCGAGCUACAAGCAGCGGUCGAGCCGCGGCGGGGUGGUGACGGUGGGGGUGGCCUGUCUGAUCCUGGUGCUGAUCUGGCACGAGCUGCAGGAGUAUCUGUUCGGCGAGCCGCGAUACUCGUUCCACGUCGACCAGUCCAUCGCCCACUCGCUCGGCAUCAACAUCGAUAUCACCCUCGCCAUGCCCUGCCACUAUCUCAGCGUGGAUAUUAAGGACGCGGUGGGAGAUCGGAUGUACAUGAACCAGGAAUUCAAGAAAGAAGGUACCACCUUCGACAUUGGCGAUGCCAAGCGCAUCGACCACAACAACUCGACGUCCGAGCUCUCCGCCUCCCAGAUCCUGCAUGCCUCUCGCAAGGGCCACUCCUUCGGCCGGACCCGGCCGCUUGUGCCCGACGGCCCGGCAUGCCGGAUCUACGGGAACACGAAGGUCAAGAAAGUGACGGGCAACCUGCACAUCACUACCCUAGGCCACGGCUAUCUCAGCUGGGAACAUACCGACCACAAGCUCAUGAACUUGAGCCACGUGAUCACCGAAUUCAGCUUCGGCCAGUUCUUCCCCAAGAUCGUCCAACCGCUCGACAACAGCGUCGAACUGACCGACAAACCCUUCCAUAUCUUCCAAUAUUUCAUCAGCGUCGUCCCCACCACCUACAUCGACCGCUACGGGCGCCAGCUGCAUACCAACCAAUACUCGGUCACCGACAUGGCGCGGCCCGUAGAGCACGGCCAGGGCAUCCCGGGGCUGUUCUUCAAAUAUGACAUGGAGCCGAUGUCGCUGACCGUGCACGAGCGGACGACGUCGCUGGUCGCGUUCCUGGUCCGGCUGGCGGGCAUGGUCGGCGGGAUCGUGGUGUGCACCGGCUGGACGUUCCGCUUGGUCGACAGACUCGUCCAGAAGGUCCUGCCCGGGAUCGUCGAGGAGCAGGAGGCCGGCGCUUUCUCGCCCCUGCCGCUCGUCUCGCCCCAGGUGUCCUCCUCCAAGCUUAACUCUAGACGCGCUUUCACCUAA